AGCUAAACGCGUUCCCUUUUUGAAAAAAGAUUCUUUCUGCUCUUAACACACACGCGCGGAGCAACUCUCUCCACCGGGGCCCGUGAGCUGUCAGGGCAGACAAGGAUCUUUAACAGCGGGGAAAUUAUACAGCAGCCAAUAUUCAGCCAGUGAUAUGUUAUAAACGCAUAAGUAAAGUUUCCGAGAAGAAAAUAAGGCAGAAGAAAGAGCCGACUAAAAAAAUCGAAGAUAUUUCGUUUUAUUCGUUUUUUUUCCCCACGAAGACCAAAAAUCACCGUACAAUUUUUACUUUUUUUGCCAGGUGUAUGGAACUUAAGAUUGCUGGGAUUCUCCACUGAAUAGCUGAAGGUAAACUAUGACCACUUUACUAUUAGUAUUUGUGUGCUUGCGUGUCAUCGCAGCAUCAAUUUCCGUCGAACUAUCAGACCCUGAGAAUGCACUGAGCGUCAGUGUCCCUGCAGAGUCCCCGCUACUUCCCCUGCUGGGCGGCUCACUGGCCAUGCCCUGCUACUUCCUGGACAGCACCCUCCAUGACCCUGGUGCCCCCACAGUUGCCCCUCUGGCUCCCCGCAUCAAAUGGAGCCACGUCACCAAGGACGGCGAGUCAGUCAUCUUGGUGGCCACAGGAGGCAAAGUGCGCGUAACCUCCGAGUACAUGGACAGAGUAACCAUGGUCAACUACCCAAUGGUGCCCACCGAUGCCACCAUUGAGAUCACCGAGCUCCGUUCCAGCGAUUCUGGCAUCUACCGCUGUGAGGUCAUGCAUGGCAUUGAGGACAGUGAAGACACUGUUGAGGUUCAAGUCCAAGGUAUUGUGUUCCACUACCGUGCUAUCACCACACGCUACACUCUAACCUUCGAGAAGGCCAAGGCUGCUUGUAUCCAGAACAGUGCAGUCAUUGCCACCCCAGAGCAGCUGCAGGCUGCCUAUGAUGACGGCUUCCAUCAGUGUGACGCCGGCUGGCUGGCAGAUCAAACAGUCAGGUACCCUAUUCACAGUCCGCGGGAAGGCUGCUAUGGAGACAAGGAUGAGUUCCCAGGUGUGCGUACCUAUGGAGUAAGAGACGUGAAUGAGACAUAUGAUGUGUACUGUUUCGCACAGCAGAUGAAAGGCAGGGUUUUCUAUUCCACCUCUCUGGAAAAGUUCUCCUUUGCUGAAGCAGAGGAGCAAUGCAUGAAACUGGGUGCCACACUUGCCACCACUGGGCAGCUGUACCUGGCCUGGCAGAAGGGAAUGGAUGUGUGCAGUGCGGGCUGGCUGGCAGACCUGAGUGUCCGCUACCCCAUCUCAAUCGCCCGGCCCAACUGCGGAGGGAACCUUGUGGGUGUCCGCACUGUCUACCUCUACGUGAACCAGACUGGUUACCCCUACCCAGACUCCCGCUAUGAUGCUAUUUGCUACCAAGAGGAUGAAGAAGGUUCUGCUGUGACCACCAUUGAAUACCAGCAACCGGAACUUCAGACAGGGACCACAGAGCUGGGCAGUGGCUUGGUGACCGUAGGGACCUUCACUGAGGGCCCUGAGGUCUUCUUCAGAAAUGCCACCACGGAGAGUGAGGCCCGUGGAGAGUUGGUGACGCAGGAGCCCAUGAAUUUCACCAGCACUGACUUCCCCUACAAUGUCACCACAGACUUCUUCUACCCAGUGGACAAUGUCACAGAUCUGCCCCUGUCUCCACCUCCCGAGGUCACUGAAGAGGUGGUCACAGCAAACUUCACUGAGGUGGUAGAAGAAAUCAUCAUGGUCACAGCUGCUCCUGAGACAGGCCUUGAGCCUGUUGCUGAGAAUGCCACAGAGUUUUAUGAACCCAGCAUCCCUCCCACAGAAGAGCCUGAGGCUGUGCUAUCGCCCACAGGCGUUGUCUUCCAUUACCGGCCGAUCUCUAGUCGCUACUCCCUGACCUUCAUUGAGGCCCAGCUGGCCUGUCAGAAGAUUGGCGCAAUAAUUGCCAGCCCAGAACAGCUCCAAGCUGCCUACGAAAGUGGUUAUCAUCAGUGCGAUGCAGGCUGGCUUCUGGACCAGUCCGUCAGGUAUCCAAUUGUCUCUCCACGAGACAAUUGCUAUGGCGAUAUGAAUGGUCUCCCAGGAGUGCGGAACUAUGGCGUGCGUCCUGCAGACGAGCGGUACGAUGUUUACUGCUACAUUGAUGGACUAAGGGGUGAAGUUUUCCAUGUUAGUUCACCGGGGGGCUUGACGUAUGAUGAAGCCAUGUCCUCCUGCGUUGAGCAGAAUGCCACUCUGGCCUCUACUGCGGAGUUAUAUGCUGCAUGGAAACAGGGAUUUGACAAAUGUCGAGCUGGCUGGCUGGCUGAUGGCAGUGUCCGGUACCCCAUCACCAACCCCAGGCCACAGUGUGGUGGUGGCAAAGCUGCUGUCCAUACCGUUUAUCUCUCACCCAACCAAACAGGCUACCCUAACCUGUCCUCCAGAUACGAUGCUUACUGCUUCCGGGCUGAUCUUAACGCAACUGGACUGAAUAUCACAGACUUUGAAGAUCUGAUAAAUGCAACAUCGCUAAUGGGACUGCUAAGGCCUGUGAGCCCCUCGAUUGCACCUCCUAUUUUUGUGGAGGUAACUAGUUCUGGCUCUGGCUCUGCUGAGUUACCUUCAGGCCCCAUAUUUUCAGCUGAUGGCUCAGCAAGUGGCAGUGCGGAAAUUCCCAGUGGAAUUCCAGACAUUUCUGGAGUGUCUGGGAGCGCAUCAGGGAUCAUUGACGGUAGUGCAGAUAUCUCAGUGACUUUGCUCUCAAGUGGAAUGGUGCCAUCUGGAGAGGGAUCUACAUCUGGGCUACCUGAAGAAGCUGGAGAAGGGCCUUCCGGAAUUAUUACAUUGCCUUCUGGGAUGGAAUCAGGAGAUUCAAGUGGGCUGUGUGGGAUGUUUUGUAGUGGAAUGUUAGUUGAAAGUGGCUCUACUCCUGACAUCUUUAGCUCCUCUGGAAUUCCAGAAAGUGGGGACUUCUCAGGGCUGCCAUCUGGGAUCUCAGGCAUAAGUGGGGAUUUUUCUGGGUUUGAUGACAUCUCUGGACUAACAUCUGGGGUGAGUGGGUUUGAGAGCGGAUCUGCUCCAAGUGGAUCUGCGUCUGGAAUCCAGGACUUCAGUGGAAUUGAAUCAGGACUCUCAGAAGUGAUUUUUGUCCAGCCGAACUAUACUGAACUGACACUAAGACCAAUGGACCAGCAGGAAGUGGGAGGAGGUCCCUCAGGAUAUUUUGUAUCGGGAUCUGGUGAGACAAGUGGAUAUCCCGCUAGUGCAUCUGGUCUUCCGUACAUCAGUGGGGAAUCUGGUUUAACUUCAGGAGAGAUAUCAGGUGAAAGUGGGGACAUCACAUUCAUAACCCAAGAAGAGAUGGUAGAAGUUUCCACCAAGCCAGUGCUAACCCAGGAGCUGGGCCGAGGAACCGUGGAGUUUAGCGGAGAAGGGUCUGGCUUACCCUCUGCGAGCUGGGAGCAGUCUGGCAGUGGAGAGACAUCAGGGAUACUUUCUGGUGAUUCGGCUUCUGUAAUCCUGUCCUCCGGCUCCGCAGAUCAUGAAAUUCUAAGCAGCACAGUGGGGCCAGAAGAGGCCCUUUCUGAACCAGAACUUUUUGUCACUCCUGCUGUUCCGGUCACUGUGACUACUGCUUCUGCCAUUUCUCUGCAGACACCAUCAGUAAUAGAAGAACCUGUCUUAGUGGAUGAAUCCCAUGACCCAUGCAAUCCCAACCCAUGUGGUGCAGGCUCAUGCUCUGUGCAUGAUGGGAUCGGACACUGCGAGUGCCCACCUGGCGCGAGUGGAGAUGAGUGCCAGCUGGACAUCGAUGAGUGCUACUCAAGCCCCUGCGUCAAUGGAGCUACCUGCAUCGAUGGCAUCGACUCUUACAAAUGCUUAUGCCUUCCCAGCUAUGGAGGGGACCAUUGUGAGAUGGACCUGCAGAGCUGUGAAUCGGGCUGGCAGAAGUUCCAGGGAAACUGUUACAGACACAUUCCCCAGCGGGAGACGUGGGUGGAUGCGGAGCGACACUGCCGAAGCCUCGGCUCUCACUUGGUCAGCAUCAUCACACCGGAGGAGCAGGAAUUCGUCAACUACAAUGCACAGGACUACCAGUGGAUUGGCCUGAAUGAUAGGACACUGGAGAAUGACUUCCACUGGUCUGAUGGACACCCCCUGCAAUAUGAGAAUUGGAGGCCAAACCAGCCAGAUAACUACUUCAUCACAGAGGAGGAUUGCGUGGUGAUGAUCUGGCACGAGAAAGGCCAAUGGAAUGAUGUACCCUGCAACUACCAUCUGCCCUUCACCUGCAAGAAAGGGACAAUUUCUUGUGGGUCUCCUCCGGAGGUGGAAAAUGCAAGGCUUUUUGGGAAGAGGAGGGAUCGUUAUGAGGUGAACUCCAUUAUACGGUAUCAGUGUAACCCUGGGUUCACACAGCGCCACCUUCCUGUAGUCCGAUGCCUGUCAGAUGGCCAGUGGGAGCAGCCACACGUGGAGUGCAUAGAUUCAGCCCACUCCAAUCGCAGACUGCGCAAGAGAUCCAUCAGAAGUCGAUCAAAACAAGACAGCACAUCUUGGGGAAAACUCCGCUAAAAAGGGAAGAGGGGAUUUAUAAAAGAAGAAAGAAUAAAAAAGAUUAUUAUUUUAAAGAACAUUUAUAUAAAAAGAGUAAUUUUGUUCUGUCUGAAAAAAGAGAUUAUAAAGUAAGAGUGCCCAUCUUGUAUAUACAGUACAAACACCAAAGCAAGUUAGACUUAAUUCUGUAGUCCACCUGGCUGAUGUAUUGGUUACUGAGUUUCACUCUGUGCCUUUUUUCAGGGGAUAAAAAAGCAAAGAUUUUAUUUGGUUGUUGUUGUUCUUGUGCCAAACACACUGUAAUAUUUUAAUAAUUCUUUUAUUGUUAAUAUUAUUUUAAUCACUGUUUUUUAUUUUAAGAACAUCAGACCAACCAUAAUGCAUGUAAGGAUUUUAUUAACAUCUGUUAUUUGGAAGAAUCACCCUAUUUUCAGGCAGUUUUCCAAGGUACUUACAGGUCUCUUCACCAUCUCAUUGGAGCAUGUCCUGGACAGCUGGAUGAAACCAGUCAUUCCAGAUCCUUUCUGGCAAGAUAGCUUUUACUCAACAUCUGUUGUAAAUAUUUAAUUGAGACCUAUGUCUAGAUCAGUUGGUAUGAUUUACAGCACCCAGCUACAAACUACACCAAAGCUGUGCCACUGAGUCCAUCAUCUAAGCUCAAUUCCUUACAGAUAAUAGAAAAGAGGAGUUAAAAUAAAUUAGUAUAGGACAGUGCUGCUAGUAUUUAGAAUAUCUUCACAUGAAAUGCAUUGAGCUAUUUUCAGGCCUUGCAAGUGUUUGUAUUAUUAACAUAGAGUUUACAGUUAAAGUGAGUAGAGGGCCAGUGCAGUUUGUGAAACAUAGGGAUUUCAAUGGUUAUGACUUUAAUGUUGACUAACUUAACAUAGAGAACUCAGUCUAGGAGUUUCUAAUUAACCAUAUUAUUUAGCCCAGUAUAGUAACUGAGUACCGAGGGGCUUGUGAAUUUAAAUAAAUUUGAACCCAACCCAUCAAUUGAUGAUAUCUAGAUCAAGAACAACUUGGGUGAACUCUGGUCAGACUACAGGUGGAUCUUAGAUCCGAUACAUUCAAACACAGCCAUGGAGAGCCAGCUAAUUCAAAUCAAAGAGCACAGGGGUUUACAUCCUACUGACUAAUCUUGGUAUUUCUGCAGGAAAGGUAGGUCUACAAAAUGUGAAUAUAGUAUUAUUUAUUGAUCCUUCAUAGCGCCAGGACUUGACUGGCACAUGGACUGGCAAAGCAUCCUGCAAACCGCUGAGCCUAGCACACUCCUCUAGGAGGGGAGUGACACAGCAAGUCGCUGCCCAUCAAUAUUAGGACGACAAAACACAGAAUAUUUAUGGCAACAGCAUGACCGUAGUUUUCGUGUUCUUUAUUUUCAGUUUGAUGUUUUGAUGAAGUGAAAUAUCAUUCUUCCUGAUCUCUCCACAUACGACCUGUUGUGGUGUCUCUCCCUCAGAGCCUUGCAGUGCACAGUGUUUCUGUGGGACUGGUACAACAGGCAGAAAUGGACUUACAGCAACUGUUCUCUUGCAUUUAUUUUUCUCCAUGUAUUAUAUUAUAUUUAAUAUAUAGAAUUUAGAAAAGAGGCCACCAUGAUUACUGUCUGUAGAAGCUGGCACAUUAAUCAAUAGUCUGCUGCUUGUUUAAUGUACCAUGCUCUCUUUUUAUAGAUUCAUGAAACAGCAAGACAAGAACUUUAAAGAAAUGAAAGAAUCAUAAGAAAUGUGGAGUGGGACCAGGUUCUGGGAGUAAUAGAUACUCGUUAAGUGCGGAGAAUCUAUUGGAGACAUUAGCAACCAGCAUGUCGGUAUGCUCUUUGAUCCUUUAAAAACAAAUCAUUUUUCAUCUCCGAGUCAGGAGGAAUAGAACUGGAGAGGUGUAGUCUAUCAAGGUCUUUUGCAGGAACUUUAAAGAGAUUAAUGCCCUUAAUAAAAAAAAAUCUGAUAGAAGAAAUAAGAAAAACAUUCUAGUGAAACUGGUGAAACUGUUGGCAAUAAAACUGCAUAAAUGUGAGGAGUACGUGUGUAUUUACAAAAUACUGUAUAAAACACCAAAAAUAUUUGUUUAAAAACUCUUGAGGUUAGUGCCUGUAGACCGUGGUAGACAAAGUUAUUAAUAAAGCUGUGUGAGUGCUUGCUGGUUACUAAGCAAAUGCCCCAUGAUGUUUAAAUGGACAUCAUGUACCUUUAAAUCCUGGCCUACUCAAGCAAAACUGCCAAACAGAACUAAUCUGAGAAGAGUGUUCUUGUGUGAACCAAUGUAUUUCAUGUGACAUUAACUAAAGCUAAAAGUCCAAACAGGGUUUAGGUCCCAAUCAUUAAGUGUCAGAAAAAAUGUGAACAUUUUGAGAGAUCUACAGUAUGUUUAGGGUGGUAUGCAAUUAUCAGUUGAGACCAAGCCAUCAAGUCAACAGUGAGGUAUCAUGCUAAAUUGGUAAUGCAUGCUAAAAGUGGCAGCUCUCACCAUUUGAGUAGAAUGUUUUAUGUUUUCUGAAUCAGUAAAACUCUCACUGGAAUCAAUGAUUUGGUAUAAAGCUGUACCCAAACAAAGAAAGAUGCUGAUCAGUUCCAUGCAGGUUACUCAAAAGUAAAAAUUGAGCAGUGGGCUUAUUGGGAAACAUGUAACAUGUCAAAUGCAUUCCUAACUGUCUUUCUCAAAAGUGAUCAAGUUAAACUCCACUGUGAUCAUAAAACAUUAGUAGGGAAUUUUGUUUUGCAACUCGUUAUCAUUUGAAAUCUGAUUACUUUGUUUUUGCAGGUUUGUUUUAGCUGUGAUGAGGAUGUAGGUUUGUGUACCUAGUGAAUGACUUGAGAAUUGUUCUGCAUGGGAACACACAGCUAGAGCAGCUCUUGAAUACAAUCUGGGGUUAUAUAUUCUAGAUUUUAAAAACCACAAAAGCAGGCUCAGAAUCAAUGCCGCUUGUAGAGGUGCUUGAGAGCAAUAAAUGUUCUUGACAAAGGGGUUUUAUAAAGCAUCCCUGCCUAGUAUUUCCCAUCUUUCUGUCUUCUUUUUAGUUUUAAUUGGCAUUGCACAAUCAUAAAUAUGCAGCUAUACCAGCAUUCACAUGUUGUUUCAUAUAAUCCUAAUUCAUUUUCUAACCUACAUUUCUAUUUUUUAACACAUAACUGUCUGAAGCCAGGAAACAGUUGCUGUAAUAAAAGUGUAAGUUACGCCAUUUAUGUGUGUAGCCUGUAGCACAGUGACUGUGUCUACAGCACGUGGAUGUAUCCCCAGAAAGAAAAUGUCUGUUUUUAAAACAUUUGUAUUCUGGUUUGCUCAGACAUCAUGAAGGAUGCUAAAUAAAAAUUAUGUAUUUUA